ACAGAUACUUUGUUAUAACAAAUGUUUUCAUCGUAGUUUCUGGUUUGGGAGGGGUCAUCAUUGGGUUGAAAAGUAGUUCUGCUUGUUCUCUCUCUCCUGUAUUCUCUCCCUAUCUCUCUCUCUCCCUUUCCCUCUUCACUUCCUGUAAUUCUUGUUGUCUUGCAUUGCACUUUUUACGCCCCUCCCGUGCCUGUCUGCUGUUGCCUUCUGCAUUCGUGUUUGUCAGGUUUCCUGGUUUCAGACCACUAUGUUCCUUCUCUACGCACAGGUCUUGUCAGUAAGCCAUUAAUUAAUGCUAGGCAUAAGGGAAAUUUUCAAAUUUGAUGUCCUGUCACUCGUGAAACAUUUCACUGUGACUGAGGAAUGACUGAGUUUUUAAAUAUUUACACCACCUUUAUACUGCAGUUUAGAAGCAAGUGGGGAGGUGAGGCUUCUAGACCCCACAUAAUCCUGCAUGUACUCUGUAAAAAAAAAAGUUAUUAUUAUUUACACUCAGCCUUGUUUAAACCUAAUCAGGCUUAUUUAAACCUGAAGUGCUGAAUGCCCUAGGUUUUUGCUUGUUUUCUAGUUUUACACAACUGCCAUGAGUCUUUCUCCACACCAGAGAGGAACCAUAAACAGUAUUAGUAAGCAGAAUGUUGAAGCCAUUGGUGAAACAAUGCAGCAUUCAGGGGAUAUCUUCUACAACGUGGGAGCUCCUCCAUUGGAGCAAACUCACAGCAGUCCGGAGGUUUUGGUGGAUUCUAGCCCUGAAGUCCAGGGCGUUUUCAAAUCUGAUAAAGGAUAUCCGGUCCGAGGGCAUUUUCAGCAGUCAGGACCAGUGAAGUGGGUGCAUCAGGACCCAGUGCAGACCUCGAAUUGGUUUCAGGGCCUCCCGAACAUGAAUAAGUGGUCACAGAAUUUUGGCCCCUCUCUUAGUGCUAUGGAUGACCCAAGGGCCUUUCACAAAAGUCAUGAGAUGGAGGCUAUGAAGUUGGAGAAGCUUUCACCAGGUUCCUCGCAGUCCUACACAGAUGCCUCUCACGUUCCUGGGGUGGAAUGGGACCAUCAUACGAUGGCAGCCAUGCAUCAUGCUCAAUUCCAGGGUCUCCAACAAGGUCACAGACCUGCAGACCUCCAAUAUCAGCCUCAGGGCAUGCAUCACGAAAUGCCUGAUUCCACUCUGCAACCCUUCCAGUUGGCGUUUGGACCUACCAAGCAACCGCAGGCAACUGGUUUUCAACAAGUCUUCCAAGGCAACAAUGCAUCUUUAAAUAUGAACUACAACGAGAAGCCAAAAUCGCAACAGCAGCUUUUGCAGUUGCAACAGCAGCAGCUGCAUCGCCAACACCAGAUGCAACAGCUGCAGCAAAUGCGUCAGUUGCAGCAGCAGCAACAGCAUCAAAUGCAGCAGCAGCAACGGCUGCAUCAAAUGCAACAGCAAUACCACCAGCAGAAGAAAAUGCAGGAACAGCUGCAACAGAUGCAGCAGCAAUUGCAGCAGCAUGGACAAGGUUUUCAACACAUAGAGUCUAUAGAAAAGCAGCGAGCCAAACAAGAGCUUGAGUCACAGGAUCUUACCAACACUCAGGUGAAAACAGAAUCGAGUCAGACCCAGCUCACUGUCCCUCAACCACAACAUCUUGUUCCUCAGGCAUCAAAUUACCAGGAAUCUGGCCCUGCAGAGGCCACUCCAGACCUCCAAGAAACCCAAACCAAACGUCAGGUCCUCCCUCGCCGCUCUCGGCGACUCUCUAAAGAUGGCGCCUCUCCUCAAGGCGACCAGCCCUCCAAGGACAAGGUUUCUGCCCAGAAUGGAGGAGUUGGUGGAGUUCAAGGACCCACAGUGGGGGUUAUCCAAAGCACUCAGAGACGACGGAGGGCCUCAAAGGAGAUCAACCUCGAGACUCUUGCUCAAAAGGCUUCAGAGAUGGAAUUUCUGCCAGCAAAGUGUGAGGACGUUACUCCUGGUAGACCAGCUGGUAUGGCCCCCCUAGUCAUCCCAGUCUCGGUGCCAGUUCGCAGAGGUCAAACCCAAGUGGAAGUGCCGGGCAGCUGGGCACAGACGGAUAAUGUUCGGCAUCCCUCAGAGAUUUCACAUCAACAGAACCAGCCUGAUCGCAAACCCUCUGUUAUUGUAGCACGCCGGCACUCGUUAAAGAACUCCGCAUCCGAGAGCUUCAUACAGGGUAAAGCGCAAGAGGACAAAUCCAGGCGGCGCCCACGACCUGAGCCUUUGGUCAUACCUCAGCCGUGCACUUUCAUCGCCCCUUCUGUCUACUCCAGCAUCACCUCCUACCAGAGCAAUCUGCGCUCCCCAGUGCGCCUGCCAGACCAUGCCAGCAUUAUCCCACCGUACACCCCGCCGCCCAUUCUUUCACCUGUGCGUGAAGGCUCUGGGCUGUACUCUGUUCUGUUCCUCUCUUCUAUGGCAGCAGGCAGCCAGGUCCUACCACCCCCAUCCACACCACGGAGCGGCACACGAAGCUUGCUGCGCACAAGCAGUUCUGAUAUCACUCCUCCUGCACUCCCACUGAUCGGAGAAGCAACGCCUGUCAGCCUAGAACCCCGCAUAAACAUCGGCUCUCAGUAUCAGGCAGAGAUUCCAGAACUAUGGGAUCAGACCUUGGCCCUAAAAGACCAGCAUAAAGCUACAUUGGUCUGGCUCCCUAAUUCAGAGGCUGAUUCUACGGCCUCCCAGGAUACAAAAUUUGAUGACCUUAUGAACCUGGUCUCCUCCAGUGUCAUGUGUGGAGGAGGAACCAACCCAGAGCUAGCGAUGCACUGCCUACACGAGUGCAGAGGCAAUGUCUUGGAAGCUUUGGAAAUGAUGUUGCUGAAGAAUCCCAUCUUCUCCAGGAACCACCAUCUGGCCAACUACCACUACGCAGGAUCAGAUUGCUGGACUGUGGAUGAAAAACGAUACUUCAACAAGGGAAUUUCUGCUUACAGGAAAGAUUUCUUUUUGGUGCAAAAACUGGUGAGGACUAAAACAGUGGCACAGUGUGUGGAGUUCUACUACACAUAUAAGAAACAAGCGAAGGUGGGUCGUAAUGGGACUUUUACAUAUGGACCUUCAGAUCCAGAGGAAAGCCUCCCUGUGACGAAUGUGAAAGAGGAAGACAAUGAUAAUAGACAACAGGAGGGAACACAAGAUAUUGUGGAUGAGCGUCUACAAGAUGUGGCCAAGACACUUCAGGAGAAUGAGAAUGAGAGGGCAGACGUGGCUCAUGAGGACCAGAAGAAUGGCCCUGCAGAAGAGUCUUCUGGCCCGAUGCCAGUGGCGCAACCCUCCUUUAAAACUCCUUCGCCUGCACCUCCAAAGCCUCGCUCUGACAAUACUGGGAAGAAAAACAGGGCUUCAACCGGUAACAAAAGUCAGGGAGAGCCAGAGGGUAUUUUCCCUUGCAAGAAGUGCAGUAGGGUGUUCUAUAAAGUGAAGAGCAGGAGUGCUCACAUGAAGAGUCACUCUGAGCAGGAGAAGAAGGCAGCAGCACUGCGCCAAAGAGAAGAGGAGGAGCGAGUGGCUAAGGCAAGACAGGAGAUGCUAGAGGCAGCAAGGAGGAAGGAGGCACAAGGAGGAAAGCAAGAAGAGAGUAGUGGAGCUGAGGAAAGCCCAGCAGAGCCAGAUGAUGAGCAGGAUGAGGACUGGCAUUGAGGAACUAGAUGACUCCAGUUGGUACCAAAACUUUGCAACUUGUGCAUCUUGGUUAAGGGUAGUUGGGAUGUUUGAAAUGAUAACAGUGGAUGAUAUGUCUUUGUCUUUUUAUUUUUAUCCAAAUUUUAUAAGAACUUUCCCCUGGUAUGUAUUUUUUAAAAAUGCAGAUGUGUGGCAAUUUAGCAUCAUUCGUGAUGAAUGAGCUUUAAUCAAAUGAAUAUGAGCUGAUUGUUAAACUUUUCUAGAAAUGUACAGUCUUUGAGUUUGAUUUUGAUCAAAGUAUCUGAACAAAUUUUGUAUGCCUUCAGAAUGUAUGCUUUUUGUAUGCUUGAGAAUGUAUUUUUUACAUUUGUUUAUGUAAUAUAUAUAAUAUGUAAUCAAGAACACAGAUUAAAAUUCCCUCCCUUCUACCUAUGGAUAAUUCAAUUAAAUAUUUCUUGUGCAUGAAAUGUAUAUAAUGCAUAAAAAUCUUUGUAUUAUAUUGUGUACAAUACUGAUUGUGUGUUUUUGUUUUUUCAGUACUCUAAAAUGUGUAUAUUUAUGUUUUGAAUGCACUUAAAGGGUAGUGGAAUAUUGGGAUUAAGGGAUUUUUUAAAUAAAAACACAUGCAAAUAAAAUAUGAAGUUUAGCAAAUCACAACAAAUACAUAUUUGACAUAUUGAUCACAUUUUUCACACUUUGUUGACUAUUGUGAACACGCUUGAUAUUUGCUAUAUUUCAUAAAUGUGUGCACAAUAAAAACAAACUUUCAGUAUAAA